GCUGGAUGCCAACAGGGCCAAAUCCAGACCCCAGCCGGGCAGUGCAGACUGACACCUCUGAUACCGCUCAUACUUGGACUGCAGCUUCCUGUACCAUUUUUCUGUUUUACUGUUGUUCAAACUUCACGCUGCGUCAGUCCAGAUGUUCUUCUGGGACAUCGAGAACGAUUCCGUGAUUUAUUUACAAGCCUCGUGCAGUAGUCUUCAACAGAGCAGAGAAAGCGAGUUCUUUAAAAGUAUCAUCCAAAUCCCAGAUCUCCCAGAUUCUCCUCCAAACUUCCUCCGUGCCGGUGCCUGGGCUGAAUAUAAGAAGCCGGUGGUGGUAAUGCCGGGUAGUGAACCUUAUGAGGACGAAGCCGUGGAACCAAAACCAGACGUUAGAGAUGCAGAACAAAUGUCACAGCAGUACUACUUGUUCAACCAAAUGGGUGCACCUGAUGCUGGACAAGAGCUCAGAGAAACACAGAAUGAUGACCUGAGGAAGGAGCUCGAGGUGCUGAAACCAGAGCUGCAGCUCAUUAAGACUGAGGCUCAAAAGUGUGUUGUUGAACUCAAGUCUCAAGUCAACCAUCUGGAAGCAGAGGUCGAGGACCAGCGCACCCAGAAACAGAUGGCUUUGGUGGAAAAUGAACACUUGCGGAUGGAGGUGGACGCUUUACGAAGUGCUAAUGUCGCCAACGUUGGGGCACAAAUCGGAUUUAAGGAGGCAGACAGUAGAGCUCAGGCCGCAGAACUUCGCUUUUCUCAACUUAAAGAGAAACAUGCAGAGCUGGUCAGCAGUCACGCUGACCUGAUGAAAAAGAAUGUGGACGCAGUGAAGAUUAUGUCCAGUACCAAACAAGAACAUGAUGAAUUACUGAACAUCAAGCAGCAGCUCGAAACUGAGAUGGCAAAUCUGCAGCAGGAGAAACAAAGCAAGAUUAAUCAAUACCAGCAGGAGGCUGACUGCCUGAAUAAAGAGCUACUGGAGCAGAGAGCAGAGCUUGCUCACCUUCGUAGUGCCCUAGAAAGUAAAGAGAAGGAGGGGUCCCAGCUGAGCAGCAACCUUGCGGCACUCCAGGCAGAGCGGGAGGUGCUCCUAAAAUCAGCCAUGGAGAAGGACUCUGAGCUUUUCUCACUGAAACAACAGACUCAACAGCAGCAGAGCUCCAUGGAUCUGGAGAGAGACAGAAACAACAGAGAGCUGGAGGCUUUGAGAGCUCAGCUCCAGCAGCAGCUUACCAUCAAUGCAGAGCAGAAGUUAGAGAUUGACAGGCUGAAACGAGAACUGGACUCAACACGGGCAGAACUGGCACGUGCAAACACCACCCUCCAAUGCAAGGAAAUGAGUGGUACCCAGUUGAGCAGUACACUAGCAGGGUUGCAGGCGGAGAAGGAAGUGUUGCUGCGGUCUGUUCGGGAGCAUGAGGCUGAGCUGAACUCCCUCAGACAACAGGCGCAGUUCCAACAGAGCUCCCUAGAGCAGGAACGGCAACGGAGCAACAUGGAAGUGGGAACCUUACAUGCCCAGUUACAGCAGCAGGCGUACCGUGAAGGUGAGCUGGCUAAGAAGCUACAGGACGAGCAGUUCUCUCUACUGCAGUGUGCUGUGGUGGAAGCUGAGGGCAUCAUCCUGGACGCUGUGGCCAAACUGGAUGAUCCCAUACAUUUACGCUGUAUCACCUCACCUGAUUAUCUGAUAAACCGUGCUGAAAUCACUCUGGGUUCUAUAGAUAAAAUGCAACAGACCCAAUCGGUCUACCUGGGAAACAAGAACGAUGCGAGUGGUUUGCUGAGAGCAGUCACUCAGUUCUCUCACCUUGCUGCGGACACUAUCGUGAACGGAUCAGCAACAUCACACUCUGCUCCCACCGACCAGGCUGACCGUUUAACCGACAGCUGUCGGACUUGUGCAAAUCACUGCCUUCAGUUCUUAAAGGAGCUGAAGUUCCAGAACAGUUUACAACGAGCUGACCCCACCGCAAUACGCUACACUGUGCAGCACAUCCUCACUCUGGGACAGGAGCUCCGCCCCAAAGGGCAGGAUGUGCUGAAGGAGGAGCUGGGAGACAUGGUGGAUAAAGAAAUGGUUGCUACGUCUACGGCUAUCGAAGAGGCUGUGCUGCGCAUGGAUGAGAUGCUGAGUCAGGCCAGGAGAGACAAUACUGGUAUUAAACUAGAGGUCAACCAGAGUAUCCUGGGAUCCUGUUCAGAUCUGAUGAAGGCCGUUCAUAUGCUGGUGACAGCUGCUACUGACUUACAAAAAGACAUUGUGGAAGGAGGCAGGGGAGCAGCAUCUGUUGAUGAGUUUUAUGCAAAAAACUCUCGAUGGACAGAAGGACUCAUCUCUGCCUCUAAAGCUGUGGGCUGGGGGGCCACAGAGUUGCUAGCAUCAGCUGAUCGGGUUGUGGGAGAGAAUGGUCAAUAUGAGGAGCUUAUCGUUUGUUCCCAUGAGAUUGCUGGAAGCACUGCACAGCUUGUCGCUGCCUCCAAGGUGAAGGCUGAUCGCAACAACAAGAAGCUGCACACGCUGCAGCAGGCGUCACGGCACGUAAAUGACAUGGCGGCUGUGGUCGUCACCUCCACCAAACACGGGCAGCUGCAGAUCACUGACAAAGGUUUGAUGGACUUCUCCGGCCUGUCCCUGAUCAAGCUGAAAAAAGAAGAAAUGGAGGCUCAGGUGAAGGUGCUGCAGCUGGAGAACGAGCUGGAGCAGGAACGUGUCCGUCUGGGUGAGCUGAGGAAGAGACACUACGAUCUCGGUGUCUCUGGGACGACCGCAGAGGAUCUUAGCGUACCAUCGCCACCGGCAUCGUUGUUGCUCAACUCCACAACAGCACCUCAGCCAUUUUCCCAGCCUCAGUCUUACCCCAUGGUUCAGUCCGGUCUCUACACAUCACCUCAAACGCCGGCCUUCUUCCCGCUUCAGUCUUACACUCCAACACACUCCUACACAUCCUCCCAGCCCUACACCCCGGCUCAGCCCUUCACCGCAGCUCAGCCGUACUCACCAAACCAAACCCAGAGUUACUUACAACCUCAGUCUUCCCCUCUGGCACAGCCUACAUCAAACGCAGCCACUGCCUCCAAUUCUCAGGACCAGCCCAGCCAGCAGAACACCACAGGGACCACCAAACCACACUUCAAGAAGCCCAGCAUCUUCAUCAAAUCUGGAAACAUGCUGAAGAAUGUGUUCAAACGAGGUGAAGCUGGAGGAGGAGAAUCUUGAAGUCUGCUUGUAUGAAAGAGGACCUGAUGGCACCUUUCUGCUUCAGUGAUCCCAGCACAAUUUGCAUGUCCUUUCUGAAGUGGAAAACACUGGUUUGGAAUCACACUGAAGCAAGAAUUUUGUAAAUUGUUGUCUCAAUACGUCGUUUAGUCAAACUCAUGUCAUCCUCAGAGGAACAUAAAUAUGAUUUUUCUAGACUAUUAUUCCCUCAUAUCUCACUCAUCUAUAUUUUAACAAUAAAACUAUACUUCAUGCACCAAAUAAAAGGUGAUAUAACAUUAAAUACCCAACAAAAUUGCUGAUAUUGUAUCUUAUUCCAGAAUGUAUGUCUUUGUAUAUAAGAACUGUUUUAACAUUUCAAGGGUUUUUUGUUGUUGUUGUUGAUGAUUUUUUUUUUGAUAUAUAUAAAAAAAAAAAAAAAAAAAGGCCAACUAGAAGGAGCACUCAUUGAGGGCAACA